AUGGACCUGAACAAGCUAGCUUUCCUCCUGGGAGCCCUGCUCUGCACUGUUAGUGGUACUGAUGUGGACGGCUACUCCAAAACUGAGGGAGCGUGGAUCCUCUCGCUGAACAAAAGGGAGUACUCAGUGAACUCUGUGGCUGAGUGUGCCGUCAAAUGUGACAUUGAAGUAUCCUUCACGUGCAAGUCUUUCAUGUAUGUUGAGAAGGACCAAGAGUGUUGGACAGCAGCAGCAAACUCUAAAACAGAGACGAUCGUGCGCAGAAGCAGCGCAGCUUUUUAUGAAAAAAACGAAUACCUCCUGGAGUGUGUAAAUGGAGUAGGAACAGAUUACAGAGGAACAAAGACCAAAACAAAGUCUGGAAAGACAUGUCAGAGAUGGGAAGCAAAAUAUCCACACAGGCCCAACAUCACACCGCAGACCCAUCCCCAAGCAGACCUGGAGUCGAACUUCUGCAGAAACCCUGAUGCAGACAGCGGGGGACCCUGGUGUUACACCACUGACCCCAACACCCGCUGGGAACACUGCAAAGUACCCAGCUGCACAGAGGAGUGCAUUCACUGCAGUGGUGAGGACUACAGAGGGAAAAUCUCUACGACAGAAAAUGGUUUCACCUGCCAACGCUGGGACUCCCAGAAACCUCACAACCACGGCUACAACCCCAGCGCACUUCCAGAGAAGUAUCUAGAGGAGAACUACUGCAGAAACCCAGAUGGGGACCCACGACCCUGGUGCUUCACCACCAGCCCAUCUAAACGGUGGGACUUCUGCUCUAUACCCCGCUGCACAUCCGAGGCUCCCACCAUCGUCCCAGAGGUGACCUGUGCCACCGGCGAGGGUGGACUGUACCGCGGUACAAUAGCUGUGACGGAGUCUGGCAAAGCAUGCCAGAGCUGGUCGGUUCAGACGCCACACAAGCACAACCGCACGCCAGACAACUACCCCUGCAAAGGCCUGGAUAAGAACUACUGUCGUAACCCCGACAACGAGAGGAUGCCUUGGUGUUACACCACUGACUCUGAAACUCGCUGGGAGUACUGCAGAGUGCCGAGCUGUGGGGAUGGAGCCGGACCAGAUGAGCCAGUGAUCCCCCCAGAGGAGGAAGACUGUUAUGAGGGAGACGGGUCAAGUUACCGUGGCAUAACAUCAGAGACCAUCAGUGGGAAAAGAUGUCAAAGCUGGAGCUCCAUGACUCCUCACAGCCACAACAAAACCCCACAGAGCUUCCCCAACGCGGACCUGAGGAGGAACCUGUGCAGGAACCCCGACCGAGACCGAGCUCCCUGGUGUUACACUACAGACCCCAGAGUUCGCUGGGAGUACUGCAAUUUGGAGAAAUGCCCCCCCAAACCUUCGGGAACAUCACCCGCCAUCCCUUCUAAACCCCAGCCCCCCACCACCGCCACCCAGACCCCACCACAGAAAGACUGUAAGGUUGGAAAUGGAGAGUCAUACCGAGGUCCAACCUCCAUCACCAUCCUGGGUGUGACCUGCCAGGCCUGGAGUGCUCAGAGUCCUCACCAACACAACAGCUUCACCCCACAAAGUCACCCCACCAAGGGUCUGGAGGGCAAUAGCUGCAGAAACCCCGACAACGAUGUGAACGGGCCGUGGUGCUACACGACCGACAGGAACAAGAAAUGGGACUACUGUCAGAUCCCUGACUGUGCUGGACUGAAGUGCGGUACACCAGUCACCAAACCCAAGCGUUGUUUUGGUCGUAUUGUGGGAGGCUGUGUGUCCAAACCUUACUCAUGGCCCUGGCAAAUCAGCCUCCGCACCAACACGGGAGUUCAUUUCUGUGGAGGGACUCUGAUUGACGCUCAGUGGGUCCUGACUGCUGCACACUGCCUGGAGAGUUCCAAACGGCCUUCAGCCUACAAGGUUCUCCUGGGUGUCCACACAGAGAGAGCCAAUGAGGCGUCGAAACAAGAGAGGGCCCUGGAGAAACUGGUUCUGGGACCUAGCGGAGCUGACAUCGCUCUGCUCAAGCUGCAGACCCCUGCAUUAAUCAAUGACAAAGUCCUGCCAGCCUGUCUGCCAGAAAAGGACUUCACUGUUCCCAGUGGAACCGAGUGCUAUGUGACUGGAUGGGGGGAAACUCAAGGUACUGGAGGAGAAGGAGUCCUGAAGGAAACUGGUUUCCCUGUGAUCGAGAACAAGAUCUGCAAUCGUCCAUCGUACCUGAACGGCAGAGUCAGAGACCACGAGAUGUGUGCUGGAAACAUCGAGGGAGGAACAGACAGUUGCCAAGGUGACAGCGGUGGUCCUCUGGUGUGUUACUCCCAGAACAGGUAUGUCUUGCAGGGUGUGACAUCAUGGGGUCUGGGAUGCGCCAAUGCCAUGAAACCUGGCGUCUACGCACGAGUCUCCAAGUUUGUCGACUGGAUCGACCGAACCAUCAAAGCCAAUUAA